AUGUUAUGCAGUCAAGCAUGUUUAAGGCACUCAUGGUGCACCUCUACUAACUUCAUCGAGUCCUUUGGGAAGAGCGGUACUGAGAGCAAUUGUGAACUGCAAAUGCACGAGUUCUUCUCAAUAAAUGAUGACACCACGCUUAUUGAUCAACCUGGCGCAACGUUUUCAAUGUUUCUUAAGGUAAGGCAACUAGCAUCAUUUGCUUAAGUAAGAAGUAAAACAUUAAUACAGCUCUCUUGAGUAUAUUUAAGGAGAAUGUAAGACCUAGAGUUGUUAGUUUUGUUUAGCGAUGGGUCUGUGAAUGAGCUCAUCUCAAAGACCAGAUUUCCUACAAAAGUCAACUGAAUGAUAGUUUUUUUUCUCUAAUUUAUUCUUAAAAUUGCUCCGAUAAGAAGUAUCAUCAUAUCCACGUUGCCUUGACUCCAAUAGGAGUACGUGUUGCACCUGUUUAAAUUGUAAGAAAUGUGGCUAAGAUGCACAAGAAAUAAAUUUAUGACGAGUGCAAUACAAUUGAAACUUAGAGUAAAAAGGGAGACAGCUGACAGCAUAUCUACAUUAAAAAAAGACAUCUGCGUAAUUAAAGUCUGAGUUGUAGGCGUAAAAUACUUCCUACUUCAGGGUCUCAGCUUGUGAGGAUGGGCGGAAAGGAAAGCGACCGCGGAAAAAGAAUGAAAGGAAGACUGCCGAAAACGACUUUGAACUUGCCUAUUUCGUCUUAUCGCUAUGGAAGCUUAUUGCUUUCAGGAGCUGUAAUGCUAACUGCAUACCACCUGCAGGCAAUUUGAGAACUCCUAAAUCAAGCGCGCUUAUCACGCAAGACGUCUCAUCAACGACGUUUAUAAAGGGACACUGUUUAUACUUUAAAAGUGUCAUAAGGAGCCGCAUAAAGUCCCUUUACUAAUUACGCUGAGUGACGGUUGCUAUGCUCAAUUUCCUGUUAUAAUUUUACCUCCGAUCUCGUGCAGGCUAGCAGGGGUCAGACUGGCUGUCAUCGAUAGGGAUUUUCACAGAGGCGAUGAAACAAUCCUAAAUUUCGCAACUGUCUGGUAAUAUGGUUAAAACAGUAUUAGCCGGGGUAAAUAUAGUCGAGCGCGGUCUAUUCAACUAUUCUCCGGAUCGGAUCAUCCCAAUCAAGCCAUCAUUGUAUGGAGUAUAUGUGAAUUCUUUUUUAGGGCAUCCCGGUCGAGAAUUUCUGUGUUGAUUCAAACUCAUUUCCCUUAGAAGCUUGUUGGUAUUUGAAAGAAAAUUUUAACAGAUCGAACAGGUUAGCAGAGUUCCAAACUGAGAUGGCCAGCCUUCCUUCGUCACAUUGGUUCACUUUCAGAAGCGAGGCCAUUUCAGCCUUAAAUCAGUAGGUUUACCUUGCGACACAUUAAUUCUGUUUUUUUUUAUGACUUGCUUAAUAUUCGUUAGACACCUUGAAAGUAAGGACAAUGUUCGAUUUUUUUCCUUUAAUUUAUUUAUUUCUGCCUCGAAUGUAUCCGCGCCAAAACCUCCUAAAUGCCCGCCAAAUUUCAUGUGGCGCGCUCGGGAGUGAUCGUACAGUGUUUAGGAAGAAACAGGCCCAGCAAACUUCCACUGGAGGCUCUUUUGUGUUACUGCAAGAAGUACCCUUAUAAAGAAGUCGAAAAGCUUUUCUAUUAUUAAUUUCGUGCUACAUUUUCUGGAUAAACAAUGGAAUGUGUUGAAAAUUGUAGACAUCCGUGUUUCAUAAUACACGUACACACUUAGCGGCCAAAUUGCUACAUAUUUUAUCUUUUUACCGCUGUUUUGCUUGUUGCCGAAGUUUAAAUGCUACAUCAUGAUCCAGUGCGAUUUAUUGUUGUCGUUACACGCUCAGAUCUUUAAUUUGUUUGAAUUAAUGAGAAAAUUAUCUUGUAGUCUGUAAUUAUGCGUAGUAUUGCAUUGUUGAAUGCGUUCACUGCCUAUGAAAACAAUCGUUUUCCUAGUAGUAUAUCGGAUAGGCCAACUGACUCCCACUGGUGGCAAAUUGUGCUACAAAACCAUAAAUAAGGGAUAUUUGAAGUAUAAACCUCACAAAAGCUUUUGAUUUUGAUCAACAACGAAAUGAGUGACUAAAACGCGUUAAAAAUAACACAUGCUCGUGUUGCAGAGAGGGGGUUGAGUGUUGCUCGUUAUUUGUAAGUCUCUGAAUCUUAGCAGCUUUCUUUUUCUUUUGUAUAAUUUUUACCGGGGAAUCGAAAUGAAUUUUAGUUGAUUGGUUGCGUCCAUCGCGGUUCCCCCCUAUUUGUUUUUCAAAAAAAAAAACACCAUUGCAAGAACCUGUACGGUCUCUAUUAUUUUUCAUUAACAGCCAGAGAGCUUUAAUUCACCGAAACUAACACAGAUUCAUAAAAUGUACAUGGUUCAGGGUAUUCUGUACGUGCCUUUUAUGUUGGGUGUGUCGCCUGAUUAAAAGCGAGCGAUCGGGUGAGUCGCCUUCGCUUAGUGCAAGAAGACUUUGGAAAACGUGUAUAUUUAAUGAAUCUUUCUGUAAAGAACGAGGCGGCCUAGAAAGCUUGAAAAAUAGUUUUUGAAACGUCUUGCCAAAUAUGUUUUUAUUUUGUUUGGGGAUUGCUAAAAUUCCGUUUCAACUAGACGCUGUAAAAUUCGCAAUUGAACUUAUUCUUCGGAUUCAAAACAAUGACCAAAGUUCCGUCUGCACGUGCUCUUUUGGGUGAGUCGCCUGAAAAAGCAAGCGAUCGGGUGUGUCGCCAUCGCUUAGUGCAAGGGAACUUGGUUUUUAUUCGUUAUGGCUCGCAAGUCCGUUUUGAACGAAAUAAAUGGUUUCAGUCAUAAUUAAUGAACAUCAUAUAGGUGACCUUACAAGUUUGUAUUAUAAGAAAAAUAUAAGAGCCUUUUUUACGCCGCGAACAGGAUGAAAUAGAAAACUUCACCGGCCUUUUCUCAAAAAAAGGGAAUAGUCCCGCUUUAAAUUCUGCUCCCCAGAAAAAGCUACAAUGAAAAUUAUUUAAAGUUAUAGUUUAAAUUCAAUCAAAUUAAUUUAAAUCGCUGCACUUCGUUCAUUUGUGGUAAAUAAAUGCAUAUUGAUUCUGAGGUAUCCCCGGUUAGAUAAUUUGUGCAAAACUCCUCUACACCGCCACAAGUUUUCCGAGUGGUGCGCUGUUUCGGAGUGGUUUUUAUUUCACCAGGUUCUUUUCUUUAGUUGUGUUCGUCUCAUCAGCUCAGCUUUAUUAUUUCUGUAGUGUCUGCUAAAAUGAUCCAUUGAAAGAUAUGUCGAAUAAAGCUUCAGUAGGAGGUCACGAAAGGAGAUUCGCAUUUCACCUCAAGUAUGGUUUCAAGCUGUCAACGGUCUAUGCUUGGCUGAAUUUAAACAAUGGCUUCCUGGUCAGAUGGGGGACAAAUUUUCCCCCAUAUUUCGGUCGCUAAGGCUUGCGGCUCGCCAUAUCCAGGCGCUGCCGCUGGUUUACAAAAACAAGAGCUUUCUUUCACCGCGGCAAAACCAUAGAAAUUUGCUAAAGUUUGGCAAAGCACUUCAAAGCUAAGCUUAAGACGUUCUCUGUUCAAAGGUAAACAUGUUAAUUUAUAAAAGGUUUUGGAAGCUUUACUAACUGCCGAAAACAUUUUUUUACUAUGGCGCGAAGACAAAAACGAUAAAAAGCCAGGAGCCCAUAACCCUGAAAAAGCCCGUUAUUUUAAGCCAAAGGAAAAGAGUGGACAGGCCUUCCCGCCGCCCUACCUUCCGCCAGUCUUCGCCAGCUUAAUUUUCUUGCUUUUUUUUUUCGCUCGUCCCGACAAAUGUUUAAGUGUACACAGGCCAGACGGGAAAAAAACAUAUCAGUGAUUUAUGGUAACACGUCAGUGUUACAUUUUCUUCAGGGCUGCCUACUGACAGGAUGCCUUAAUGGCGGUUCUUGCGUCUUCAACGAAGAAAAAGAGACGUUUGCUUGCGCAUGUAAAGGGCCAUGGAGUGGAGAAAAAUGCGAACUGGGUAAGACUGUAGUUCUCCUUCUUCUUGCUUUUCUGUUAUGAACAAAAGAAAAUCUGAGCCCCGGAGAUUUUACGACAGUUUGAAGAGUUUAAAACUUACAAAAUGUACAAGUUUUGCAUGGAAAACCACUCAGCCCUGACCGAGUGGCAAGAGUUGUUUUUCCCAUACAAAUCCUUCUUAUUUUAAGCGGCCGUUGCAAUCGCUACUUUCGAGCAGUUCCUGGUAAAAUCCUUUUUUUCCAAAAGAAUUGUUUUCAUGUUCACACAAACAGACUGUGGAAAUUUCUUUCAGAUAACUGGAAGAAGAUCAACACUGUCCCAGUCUGCUUUGGAGCUCGUAAUGACUCGUAUGGAACCUUCCACAUCACAGAGAGUGGCCUCAUCAAUACGUUUAAACUGGUUCAUAUCAACGGGUCAGUUUUAUGUUCAGAACAUGUUCUACCGUCCUAUUGGGGAUGCAACCAUACAAAUUACGGGAACACGACACUGCUUACCGUAAUAACGUUCCAGAACAGGACAGCCCUUUGGCUCGCGGAUUACAAAAUGGGCGAGCCACAUAUAUGUAAAUACUCAUACGGGAUCAAAGGGACAGGUGUAAACGCGACCCAACUCGUGUUUAACGAGCUUCCAUCUCCAAUAUCUGCGUUUGUUGGACAGGAGUUCCAAAUUUGGUUUGGACAGGACCUUGCGAAUUGUACAGAGGACAAUAACAGCGGUCAGACUUGUGUUGAUGUUUAUGCAUUGUACGCGUCUACACGCUAAACCAUGCUUCUCGGCUUUUCUUAAAUAAUAGUUAUAUUCCUUGGGAAGCCAGUUAGUUUUGUUUUCCCGCGAGUCCUGAUGUCUGAUUCUCGGGAAAACAAAACUAACUGUUUCCCUCGGGAUCUGACGUUAAGGG